AUGGCGGCUGUUAAAUCUGAUGUUGAAGUACAAAGUCAUAGCCAGGUUGAGUCGGGGUCAAUGAGAUACCAUCCAUCAAGCCCUUAUGGUACAUUCGUUGGCAUCUACGACGGUCAUGGUGGUCCCGAUGCUUCCGAGUUUAUCAAAAACCAUCUGUUUAAAAUUGUGAAAAGAUUAACGUCGGAUAUUGGAGAAAUGUCAAGUGAUGUUCUUGAUUUAUCAUUUUUGGCAGUAGAAGAAGGGUACAGUCACUUGGUUCAGAAUGAAUCAGUAGUUUUCCCAAAUUUAUUGUCUGGGGGGUCGAGCUGUUUGGUGGGCGUUGUAAUAGAAGGACGGGUAUACGUUGCAAAUGUCGGGGAUUCUAGGGCGGUCUUGGCGCAACUGCCUAGGCCUAAACCACCCGUCCAAGUGGUCCGGGAGAAAGUGGCAGAGCUCAAACUAAAGGCUAAGCAACGAUUGGAUUACAUGAAUGAACCCGUCCCACGAACCUUGGUGCGACCACCCCGACCUCACUCCCCACCCAUGGAGCCCAAAUCAAUCGACCCAUCGUACCUGGAUGUCAAUCCAUAUAGGCGGCCCAUGCUCAACCGAGACAUCAAAGCCAUCCCAUUAUCGACAGACCACAACGUAGAUCUGCCAUCUAUCCGGCAAGAGUUAAAAGCGCUGCAUCCUCACAUUCGCAGGAUUGUCCCAUAUGAUUACGAAAAAAACAUCUACCGUGUCAAGGGCAUCCUUCGGACUUCAAGAUCAAUCGGUGAUGUAUACUUGAAGAGCUGGGAGUACAACACACGGCCUGAUUUGCCGAAAGAAUAUAAGGUGGAUAAAAAGUUUGACAAGCCGAUCAUUUUGUGUAAUCCGGCCCUGGCCGAGCAGGAGCUUCUCCCGGAGGAUAAAUUCAUUAUAUUUGCUUCUCAUGGGCUGUGGAAAUACGUUGCCGAUGAAGAAGCAGUUGACAUGGUUCUAAAUUCAUCGCGUAAGGGAAUCGCAAAGAAACUGGUGAAAAAAGCAUUGAGGAGAUGGGCAAUGCAUGCUCAUAAGUUGACAUACAGGGAGCUGAAGAAACUCGACAUUGCAAAGAGGAGACUGCUCCAUGACGACAUCUCGGUUGUAGUUCUCUUCCUAGAUCAAGAACUGAUGGAUGGCGGAAGAUGCAACCAUCUCUCCCUAAAUGCUUAUGGAGCUAGCACCAGCCAACCCGAUAAAGGUAAAGGUAAAGCUAGCACCAGCAAGCAACAUGCUGAUGGAGAUAGCAGCAGCAAUACCGAUCGAGCUAGGAGCAGGAUCCUGCCCCUAAUUGGUGAAGCUAGCACCAGCCAGACCCCUACUGCGAUCACCAAGUCCAAAACCUGGCCCGGCUUCUCGAGAAGAAGACACGAGACUUGA